AUGGCUAAGCUUAAGAUUCCAACAUUUUCGUUCUUAUUUUUUUUCCUAUUUCUUGCACCAACUAAGGCGGCAAAUGCUACAACAUCAACCGCUUCAAUGUGUAGCCAAACCCCUUAUCCAGAGUUGUGCCAUUCCCUCACCGUCACCCCAAAAGCAACCCUAACAGCACUUGAAGAUGAAACUUCAUCAUCGUUCAACGUUAGGGAUGCCAGUCUUAAGUUCACUUUGGCUCAAGCUCAGUAUGUUCACAACCUCAUUUCCACCAUGGACACAAAUUCAUUCGAUAAGCUAAGCAAGGCUGCCUGGGCUGAUUGUCUCGAACUUUACGAAGAUACCAUCAACAACCUUGACCGUUGUUCAAGUUCCAAAAACAACUUAAACGAUGUCCAAACAUGGCUAAGCGCUGCCUACGCAAACCAUGAAACAUGCAAGAAUGGGUUCAUUGAGUUUCAGUUGGAUUCUCAAUUGCAAUCCUUCCCAUUCUUCAACACCAACUUCUCAAAACACCUCAGCAAUUCUCUUGCCAUAAACAAGGCCUCUUUGGCUUCAUCAUUAUCAGCUACUCAAGAAGUCUCAGUCAGUGAUCAAAUAAAAAACAGGAAGUUAUUAUCGCUUAAUUCCGAUGGCUUCCCUGCAUGGGUUUCAACCGAAGUCAAGUCUUGA